GGAGGCAAGUCCGUUUCCCGCUCCAAGAAGGCUGGACUUCAGUUCCCCGUUGGACGUGUCCACCGCUACUUGAAGAACGGCAAGUACGCCACCAGGGUUGGAGCUGGUGCCCCCGUGUACCUCGCCGCUGUCCUUGAGUACCUCUCCGCUGAGGUUCUUGAGUUGGCUGGCAACGCUGCUCGUGACAACAAGAAGUCCCGUAUCAUCCCCCGUCACAUCCAGUUGGCCGUCCGCAACGACGAGGAGUUGAACAAGCUU